UUGUGGUCGAUAUCUCGAUAUACGUGUGAGGAAGCGAGAUAGAGAAUAAUGUUUGCGCAGGCGUGAGAGAAUCAAUUUUGAUCUUGAUCAUUUAAAAUCCAAAAGAUAGAACAUAAUAGUCAAGAAGAAAUUUAUUUAUUUAUUUUAAAAUAAUCAACUCAAUGCCACUGAAAGAAGCAAAGGAGUUUUGCUCGUUUUUGCCGACUCUUAAUCUUUAUGAUUUUUUUUUGUAUCUCCAUCAACUCGUGCGCAAUAACGCAAUGAAAACAUCUGCAGAUGACUAUGGAUGCUAUGGAUUAUGGAUUGUUGGGAUUGUCUAGUUCUACAUUGUAUAUACAUGAUGUCAAUUGUGUGAGUGUAUGUGAAUAUGUUGGUAAGCAGCUGAUCUGAGCUCUGAACUGAUCCAAAUAUUCAAUCCACAUUCUACAGCAAUAAAUAAAUUAAUAAAAAUAAAUAAAAUUUAGUAAAUUCUUAUAAAAGAAAAUAAAAACAACAAGAUACUUAUAUUGAUAUAUUUUUAGUAAAAGAUUAUAAUGAUAGAAAAAAAAGAAGAAUCAGCAGAUAACAAUAGUGAUACAACGAGAAUUAAAAUAAUAACGGAAAAAAUUAAGUCAUUGGAUGAAAAUGUAUCAAAGGUACGUACACAAGUUACUAUUUGCUUUGAAGAUUUAAAAAAUUCAUUGAUGGCUCGAGAAAAACAGUUAUUACGACAAAUAGAGGCUAUUCAUAAUCAACAAUUGUCAAUAUUACAAUCUGAUUGGGAGUUGGUUAAUUCAAUACCAGGUAUUGCAGUCGAUUUGGUAAAUGACUCGAAAAAUUUGAGUGAAUCGAUUGUUAAAUUUGGUAAACUUGAGUUUAUUGAUAACAAAGACAAUUUUAUUAUUAAAAAUAUUGAACCUUAUAGUAUUCAUGAAUACGAAGAUGACAACAAAGAUCAUAUAACUUUUGAUAAAUCAUUACAAAUAGAUGAUAACGAUGAAAAUGUUACUAUUAAAUUUUCCAAUAUUACUUUUUCAAAUAGAUCUUCUAUAUCUGAUAAUAGUAAUACCGGUAUUUUAAAUACAAAUCUUAAGACUAAAGUUAAUUUUGAUUCUAAAUUAUUAUUAUUAUCAUCAGAUAAUAAUAAUGAAAUUGAUAAUGAAGAAAAUUGCUCAUCAAUGUGUUCAAAUACUGAUGCUGAUAUUAUUAAAGAUUCAAAAAGUGAUUCUAUUGAAAAAAAAAUAACCAAUAAUCAAACAAUUAAUUCAUCGCUUGAUCUUUAUUCAGAAUUACAAAUAGCUUCUAAUAAUCAUGUUCCGCAACAAACAAUUAUUCAUAAUCAAUAUAACAUUACUGAUUUUACCAAUAAAACUAAUAAUAAUAAUAAUAAUAUUGAAAACGAUAAACAAAUGACUGAUGAACAUCCAAAACAAAUUCAACAGUGGCUUCAGCAAAUAUUAAUUGAAAGUGAAACAGAACCGUCAAUACAAGAAAUCGAUCAUUUUACCGAUGAGAUUUUGAAAUUUCGUUGCACCGAAUCUUUAUUGGAAACAUAA